GUAGUUGGGAGCAGGAAACAGACGAGUUUGACGUGUUUCCGUUCCAAUAUUAAGGGGGAGGAGGAGCCACAGGCCGGGCAGCAGGUCCGUCAGAGCCAGGGAGAUUACCGUGUGGAAUCUGGAUAUUGCGCGGUGGAAGCCCGGUACGUCCCACUCUGCUGUGUCCGCUGAGCUCCAUGUGACUGGGGUCGGUGCUCACACAGCCGGGGAGGCGCUCUGGGGCUGCGGGGCCUGACCCUCUCCCCCUGCCUGGGAUAAUCCCGGCGGGCUCGGUGCGACAGGAGCUGCCCUUACCCCCCGGCACCCCCACCGGUAUGGGAUGGCCUGAGCUGCACCAGGAGGAACCGGGGACCCCUCUGCUCCUAUUUCCCCAGCUUCCCUGCUGAGAGACCCGCUCCCCCCGCCCGCAGCGGCCCCGCCAGGAAACCGGAUUCUCUUUAUUCCCUGCAACUGAUUAACUUACCCUUUAAUCCCCCGGGAGCCUCAGGCACAUGGUUAGGACUAACGCCCGUAGGCGGAUUGGCCCCUGGAACUGAAGCCCUUGCAUUCUGGCUAUAUCGCCCUGUCUCUAUCUCCCCCAUGCUGGAUUCGCCUGGGACUCUGGGACAACUCUGCCUCACACACACUGACCAUGGGGGAUUUCUAUGAUCCAGAAUACCCAACUGAGUCAGGGAUUGAUGAGAUCUCAGCACAGGAGGAAAAGCAGAGCAAUCCGGAGGCCAUCUCGCUAGCGGAGCUCCCUGCUUGUCAACAGGAAGAAGAUAAUGAGGCCAAAAAUGAUGCUUCCCUGGCUAAAGGGACAUUCGGCAAGGCCAAUCCCUUCAAGGGGCUCCCCUCAAGCCGGUUUUUACCAAAAGGAACUAAAGCAAAGGUGAACCUGGAGGAACAAGGGCGGCAGAAAGUCUCCUUUAGCUUCAGCCUUACUAAGAAAACAUUUCAAAAUAGGCUGCUGAAUUCUCUUGGCAAUGACAAGCAGAACGAAUCGCAAAGCCCGAGCCCAGCAGAACACAUCUCUAAACUUAAACUGGACCUUAAUGAUUUCACUGGGGAAACAGAGGAGCAAACCCUCUCCAAACCCAAAGUAGAACUGGGCAAAAUUCAUUUCAAAAAACACCUUUUGAGUGUUACUAAUAAGCUACCAGCACAACCACCCCCUCCUCCACCUCCACCAGCCUCAUUACCAGCACCCACCUCACCCGUGGCUUCAACGCAAGCAACACCAGUAAAACAACCUUCUUCUCCAGAGCAUGAAGAAGCACCCGCGAUCAUUACAUUGGGUUUACAGUCGACAAAUGAAAUACCCCCUUCUGUUGUCCCCUCCCAGGCCAUACUCACAAAAGAAGUGGUGCAGGGGACCUGUGAUGCAAAGGAGUCGUCCAGAUCAUUGACUGAUUCAAAGGGACUGGACAAAAAAGAGAACUCUGUUGUUUCUAAUUUAGAAACCCCAAACAAUCAAAAAGUUUCUGAGAAAGCUGAUUUAUCAUUGCUAAAAGAAUCUUCCCAUAUUGGGAAAGAUGAAAAAAGUCCAUGUAGUUCCCAAAAACCUAAAUUAAAUCCUAGUCCAGAAAAAUCAAGUUCAAAAUCCAAGUUUUCACACUCCGAUGGGGCAGUGGUGGGCUCAGAGUCAGACGAGGACUCGGUUCAAACCUCUUCAAGCCACAAGUCACAUGAGCUAAAAGCUGCUACAAGCAAAGAAAGAGACUCAAAAAGAAGCUCCGUGUCUCUUAGGAGUGAGGAUUCUGGGAAAUACUCCUCUUCACGAUCAAAAUGUACAAAGGAUGAGAAAUAUUCAAAUUAUUCCAAGUCAGAUAGAGAUUCAAGAUACAGCUACUCACACUCUAGAUCUGAUCGUGACCGAAGGCGAAGUAGGUCUCGUUCUAGGUCACACUCUAGAUCGAGGUCUGACAGAGGCUCUAAAAGUAGCUCUUCUUAUUCCAGAUCUGAACGUUCACAUUACUAUGAUUCUGACCGUAGAUAUCAUAGAAGUUCACCUUACAGAACUAGGUAUUCUCGCUCCUACGCAGACAGCCGAGCAAGAGACAGCUCUGAUUCUGAAGAUGAUCAUAGGAGGACCCAUUCCAGAUCUAGUGACUCUAGGCGUCCAUCAUCCUCUCAUUCCUCUUCAUACAGAGAAUCUAGAACUUCAUCAUAUUCUAAAUAUGACAGAGAUUCAAAGGGUGAUUCAUCUUAUGAUUUAGAUCGGAGAGGAAGGGACACCAGCAGACAUGAAAGAGACUUCAGAAGAUCUUCAGAAAAAGAACCAUCUAAAAAAGCAUCUCCUAGAAAGGCUUCCCCUAAAAAAGAAGCAGAAGAGAAACGAGAGUGGUCACAUUCCAAAGCUGAUAACAGUGGGAACGCUGGUUCCAAAUCCGGCUCAAAGCAGGAACAUUCAAAUUCUGUGACUAAACCGUCAAAAUGGGAUAUGGAAAAGAAGCCAACCCAAAGCGCCAUAGAGAAAGAGGAGCACAAAAAGGGUAAAGAUGAGGUUCUAUCCUCCUCGAAUGUUAAAAAGACCAGUUUUCCGGCUCACCAGCAAACUUCACCUCCAUAUUCUAAGCACUCUGAUCACUUUACCUCCUCCUCUCCUGGUCCAGAGUUUACACAGGAGAGAGACUGCAGUAGUCAAACGGCUAAGAAAAUGUUGCAUACUACUUCUGGAUCAAAGUAUGAUGAUGAAGAUGAUGAUAAGCAGCAUAAAAGUCCUUUCCAAGGGAUAUAUAAUCUGUCUCCCAGUGAAACGUGGGAUUUGGUAACACUCAGUACCACUGAAGACUUGGAGCCAGAGGAGCACACUACCAGCUCUGAUAACUGUAGAUCAGAUGCGUAUGGUAAAGAUUCUGAUGACUCCCAGCCCAGUCCACAUAAAGUCACCAAGUUGCACACUAGAACCAAUAAGAUCAGUGAAGAUUUGCAGGCCUCUAAAAGCACUGAGUCGCCACAGAAACCUAAAAUCAAUGAGUUGCAUCCAAGAACCCAUAAAGUUAGUGAUGAUUGGCAGCCCAGAACACACAAAGUGAGUGACAGCUCGCAGCACAGAACCCAUAAGGUGUGUGAUGACCGAAGCUGUAAAACUAGUGACGACUUGCAACCCACGACCUACAAAGUGAGUGAUGACUUGCAACCAAGACCCCAUAAAACAAGUGAUGACCUAGAGCUCAGAAUCCAUAAAAAUGAGGAUGACCCUAGAACCCUUAAAGCAAAUGAGGAUUCAUGGACUAGAACCCAUAAGGUCAGUGAUAACUCACAGCCCAGAUCCCAUAAAGAGAGUCACAAUAUGCAACUCAGAACCCAUAAAGCCAGUGCUGACACACAAACUAAAACCCAUAAAGUGAGUGAGGACUCGCAGUCCAGGUCCUAUAGAGUGAGCGAGGACUCGCAGUCCAGGUCCCAUAAAGUGAGCGAGGACUCGCAGUCCAGGUCCCAUAAAGUGAGCGAGGACUCUCAGUCCAGAUCCCAUAAAGUGAGCGAGGACUUGCAGUCCAGGUCCCUUAAAUUGAGCGAGGACUCGCAGCCCAGGUCCUAUAAAGUGAGCGAGGACUCGCAGCCCAGGUCCUAUAAAGUGAGCGAGGACUCGCAGCCCAGGUCCCAUAAAGUGAGCGAGGACUCGCAGCCCAGGUCCCAUAAAGUGAGCGAGGACUCGCAGCCCAGGUCCCAUAAAGUGAGCGAGGACUCGCAGCCCAGGUCCCAUAAAGUGAGCGAGGACUCGCAGCCCAGGUCCCAUAAAGUGAGCGAGGACUCUCAGUCCAGGUCCCAUAAAGUGAGCGAGGACUCUCAGUCCAGGUCCCAUAAAGUGAGCGAGGACUCUCAGUCCAGGUCCCAUAAAGUGAGCGAGGACCCACAGCCCAAAACUCCUAAAAAGAUUGACAACCAGCGGCCCAGAACCCCUGAAAUAAUUGAUGACCUCCAGCCUAGUACUCCUAAAGAAACUGACAAUGCACAGCCAAGAACCUUUAAAGAGACUGAUGACCUGCAACACAGAUUGCCUUAUGCAGCUGAAGACAUGCAACAGAGAUCUGCUAAUGCAAGUGACAACACACAUCCCAAAAUCCCUAAAGAAGGGGAAGACCCAAAACCCAGAACUUCUAAGGUAAAUGAUGGUUUUCAACCCAAGGACCACAAAGACGGCAACCAUUUACAUUCUGAAACCAACACCAUCGCUGACUCUGUAGACCACGAUGACUCUCAUCCCCAAACUCACAUUCUUAUUGAUGGUUCUGAACCCAGCACCAAUGAAGUCUUCAAAAUAAAUAAGCCUGAUACUGUUGGUGUCCAGAUUCCAAUUGAAGAAGUGGACUUGCCUCAUGAUUCAACUGAAAUUAAAGCUUCUAUUCCAGUAGUAGAACAUCUAGAGAAAUCCCUAGAACAAUGUGAAGAAGUUGAAGUAACUCUAGCCAAAUGUCCUUCUAGAACUUUAGAGACAGAUGCCUCAGAAAUGCUCAUAGAUAAAUAUUUGGAGCAUGUUCAUAAGCCCGAAACUUGUCAUUCAGUACCAGAAUGCCAAAGUGAAAUGGCCUCGGUUAGAACUGACCCCACCACAGAAGAGCAAAAUGAGUUUGAAAUGGGCCAAAAAGGAACAGCUGAACUGCUGAAGGCAUCCAUCAAUUUGAAUCAAGACCUUCCAGGCCAAGUAAGUGGUCACCUACCAGAGGGAAUUUCUGUAGCAGAGGAAACAGCAAUUUCAGUGGCAAUUCCCAUUUCUGAAAAUAAAAAUGUUGUUCAAAGCGGUAAUACUACACCGUUCAAUGUAGGUGCUGAUGAUUCACAAGGUAGCUCUACACCAGACACUCUUGGCAAAGAAAGUCCUUCUCUAGAUGAACCUGCUCUUGUAGACAUCCAGGCCACUGAAAGGAAAAGUAUCUACAGUUUUGAAGGGAUAGAUCAGCCUAGUGAAGCCGUAGAUGAGGAAACAAAAUUGGACAAGGAGGUGGAGACUAAAUCUGAGCUGCAUCUUGAAAACUGCGUUACUGAGGAGAUCCAAAGAGACCCAACACAAACGCUCAACUCCAAACACGAAGAUUUUAUCGGUGCUAUCAAUGAUUUUUACUCUGACUCGGAAGACAGUGAAAGUGACACCGAGGACACUGAUUCAGAUGACAGCAGUCUACCCAGAAAUCGUUUGCAGUCUGUAGUCGUAAUCCCCCAAAAUUCCACCAUUGCGAAUGAAGAACUGUGCCGUUCUCCUUAUGAAAGUCAAACCCUCUCCGACAGCUGUGAAACUGACGUCGCAGAAUCAAAAUCGGUCUCGGCUGAGGUCGUGCAGAAACGGGUUGUAGAUAAAGAAUGCAGUCCUCCAGCUAAGUCCUCCGAUGAGGUUCUAGAAGACCUUCGGGCCAAGGCGCUUAAGGAAUCGGUGUCUCUGCCUCGUCGGAGUGUUGGUGUCGUUAGCACCAGCCAACCAGAAGUUAUUGCGCGUAUAAGGAGUGGAGAGAACCACACAGAAUAUAAAGCAGAACAUGAGACUCCAACAUCAACGAACAGAACUGGUCUCCAAAAGGAGAAUGAUAAAGUAGAACUAUACAAACCUUCCUUUGACCAGUCCUACCAGCACUCUCCUUCAAAUUCUGCUAAGAAACCAGACUUUUUUAAGGAAAGAUUACAUCAUGAGCCUCCUAAACGGGCUGGAGAUUUCUCAAGAGCUGAUGGUUUCCAGUCAGCAGAGGACUUGUCUGGUCUUGGCUGGGACUUCUCCCAGCCUGAGAAACCUAGUAGUACUUACCAGCAACCGGACAGUAGCUACAUGUAUGUAGAUUAUAAUUACCAGCAGGCUUUUGGCGGCGCUCACGUUUACAGGAAAGACGGUGAUUAUUGGGAUCCUAGAGCUUAUGAAAAAGGUGCUCAAGUGAUGUACAGCAAACCUCAUGGCCCUGCUCCAGACUCGGUUACACAUUGUUAUGACGAAGAUGAUGAAGAUUUCGGCUGGGAUACCGACCAUGGACAAACAUAUCCAGUUCAGUCAGAGCUGGCCUAUAAUGAAUCCAGCUCCGUGCAGGCUCAUGAAAUCAGCAGCAACUCCACGAAGAUGGUGGUAGUAGCUCCUAAAGCAAUCCCGGAACAGCCGGCGAAGACGUCAGACAGGUUGGACAUGAAGGAACGAGGGCCGCCUAAAAAGAGAAGGCAGGAACUAGAGAAUGACUAUGAAAAUGAUUUGGAGGCUUUGGAGAAGAAACACAAAAUGGAGGCAGCAUUAAAACAAGAUGUUGCGAGCUAUUUGUGCAACAUGGACGAUUUUCGGGACUCUCAGCACUGGAAAGAUUGCUCCAGGCAGGGUAAAAUGCCCCCCUUCUUUGACCUGAUCGAGGAGAACGUAUACUUAACAGAAAGGAAAAAGAGCAAGAGCCACAGGGACAUCAAGAGGAUGCAGUGCGAGUGCCCUGUCCUCUCCAAAGAGGAGAGAGCCCAGGGACAGGUUGCUUGUGGAGAGGACUGCCUGAAUCGGCUGCUAAUGAUAGAAUGCUCUUCGAGGUGCCCAAAUGGAGACUACUGCUCCAACAGGAGCUUCCAAAAGAAACAGCAUGCCGGAGUGGAAGCUAUCCUUACAGAGAAGAAGGGCUGGGGGCUCCGAGCAGCUAAAGACCUCAAAUCUAACACCUUUGUUUUGGAGUAUUGUGGGGAAGUCUUGGACCAUAAGGAGUUCAAGUCGCGAGUAAAGGAGUAUGCCCGCAACAAGAACAUCCAUUAUUAUUUUAUGGCUCUAAAGAAUGAUGAGAUCAUCGAUGCCACACAAAAAGGCAACUGCUCUCGUUUUAUGAACCACAGCUGUGACCCCAACUGUGAGACACAGAAGUGGACUGUGAACGGACAGGUCCGAGUUGGGUUUUUUACCACGCGUGUUGUGCCUGCUGGGUCUGAGUUGACGUUUGACUACCAAUUCCAGAGAUAUGGCAAAGAGGCCCAGAAGUGCUACUGCGGUGCCCCCAACUGCAGGGGUAUUCUGGGAGGGGAAAACCGGGUCAGUGUUAGAGCAGCCGGAGGGAAGAUGAAGAAGGAGAGGCCGCGCAAGAAGGAUACGGUUGACGGGGAACUGGAGGCUCUGCUGGGAAAUGGGGAAGGUCUCUCUGACAAGAAUCAAGUGCUCAGCUUAUCACGGCUUAUGGUCCGGAUUGAGACGGUAGAGCAAAAACUGACCUGUCUCCGACUAUUAAAGAACACUCAGUCACAGUCCUACUUGAAAUGGUUCCUUGAUUGCCACGGCCUGUCUGUCCUGUGGAUCUGGAUGGCAGAGCUAGGAGACAGCCGAGGAAACACCAAUAACAGCAUUAAAUUGCAGCUAGAGCUCAUUAAAACCUUGGAAAUGCUACCUAUUCCUAAUAAAAACAUGCUGGAAGAGAGCAAAAUUCUCCCCAUCAUUCAGCGUUGGUCCCAGAUAAAGACGGCAAUCCCCCAGUUGAGUGAAGGAGACGGAUACUCAAGUGAAAAUACUUCCCGUGCACACACGCCUCUCAAUACUCCAUCAAACCCCACCGAACCAGCGGCCAAGCUAAGUGUCGAGGCUGAUGAAGAAACUCCCAAAAAGAUUGUGCUCCGCAGGCUUAAAAUCAUCAGCGAGAACAGCAUGGACAGCGCCGUCUCUGAUGCAGCCAGCGAAAUAGAAGUGAAGGACGUCCCAGAGAAAACUGAAGUGCCUUCUGUGGUUGAACUGAAAGAUGCUCCAUUGCCCAAGCAGGAAGAGACUAAAGAGGAGCUUAAACCAGAAGGUGCGGUACCUCCUCCUGUCAAAGAGGAUCCAGCGGCCACCGAGGAACAGAAACCAAUAAUUAAAACCGAGGGAGACCCGGGGGUAGAUAUGUGCAAAUUGGAGCCCCUAGAUGCUGAGAAGAAGGAAGGCAAUGGAGGAAAGUUGGAUGAGACCUCUGCUGUAGAAACCCCAUCACAAGAUGAAGAGGAAGGGGUGUCUGAUGUGGAGAGUGAGAGGAGCCAGGAGCCUGCAGAUAAGAUUCUGGAUAUGAGUGAUCUGGCUACCAAGCUUCUAGAGUCCUGGAAAGAUCUGAAGGAGGUGUAUCGCAUUCCCAAGAAGACCCAAGUCGAGAAGGAGACCAAUGAUCGCUGGAGAGACUCGUCUGGCUCCACUUACACGACCCCUAAGAGUCAAGGGCGAGAGCGAGAUCGAGAUCUGGAGAGACAGAGCCAAAGGAAGCGCAGGCAAUCGCCAUCUCCACCAGCAUAUUAUGGAUCAAAGCGAGUGGAGGACAGUAGGUAUGACACCCCAGCCUCAUCCAAGAAGAAGAGCCGGCUACAGGACCGUAACAAGCUGAGCACGGAAGAGCGCAGGAAGUUGUUUGAACAGGAAGUGGCCCAGAAAGAGGCUCAGAAGCAACAGCAGCAGAUGCAAAACAUGGGCAUUGCCUCCCCCAUGACUUAUGAGGCUAUAGCCUAUGGUGCACAGCUUCCUCCCCCUCCAUUCAUUGCUUAUCCCCAGGGGUACCCUCUCCAGUCUUUUGUGGAUCCCACAAAUCCGAAUGCUGGCAAGGUGCUAUUGCCCACUCCACCUCUGGACGGUAUACCAUCUCCAAACAGCUUUGAUCCCUCCCAGGGGAUGGUGGUUAACCCUGGGAUGAUGCCACCUCAGACUGUUUCAGUGGUGCAGCAUGUAGCAGCCCCUAUGGACGUUACCACACAGCAGUAUGUGACCCAGGGAGAAACUAUGGUCCCUCAGGAAACAAAUGUGGCUGUUCUUCCAGUGCCUGCACCUACCCCUGUGCCUCCACAGAACUAUGGCGUUUGGGACCCCAAUCAGCAGGCAGUGACAUUGCAGCCACCCCAGCAACAAUCCCAGCCUCAGUAUCCACCUGCACCCCCACAGGCAGCUAUUUACUACCAAGGUCAAACGUGCCAGCCAAUGUAUGGUGUGCCAGCAGCCUAUGCCCAGCCUCCCCCACCCGUUGUACCGACCUAUACACAGCAAGGCUUGCAGUACAUCACAGGCCAGCAGAUCUACGCCCCUCACCCACCCGGCGUGGUACUACAGCAGGGGCCGGCAGUGACUACCAUUGUGGCUCCGGGACAGCCUCCAGCAAUGCAACAGCCUGAGAUGGGAAUGGCGCAAAACAAUGUUCUGGACCUUCCUCCACCAUCACCCCCCAAGCCCAAAACCAUUGUUCUUCCUUCUGGCUGGAAGACUGCCCGGGAUCCUGAGGGCAAAAUCUAUUAUUACCAUGUAAUAACAAGGCAAACCCAGUGGGACCCACCUGCCUGGGACAGCCCAGGGGAAGAAGGCGGUGCCUUAGAACAUGAAGCAGAAAUGGACCUAGGAACCCCAACUUAUGAUGAGAAUCCAAUGAAGUCUUCUAAGAAGACCAAGACGGCUGAAGCAGACACCUCAAGUGAGCUGGCGAAGAAGAGCAAAGAAGUAUUCAGAAAGGAGAUGUCUCAGUUCAUUGUGCAGUGUCUGAACCCCUACAGGAAGCCGGACUGUAAGAUGGGGAGAAUAAACAACACUGAGGACUUCAAGCAUCUAGCACGCAAGCUGACUCACGGCGUCAUGAACAAGGAGCUGAAAUACUGUAAGAACCCCGAGGAUCUCGACUGCAACGAGAACGUCAAACACAAAACCAAGGAGUACAUCAAGAAGUAUAUGCAGAAGUUUGGGACUGUGUAUAAACCCAAAGAGGACAUAGACAUUGAGUAGCCCCUCCCUACGGACUGACCUGGCCCUAUAGGGGGCGGUUCUUAUUUUUACAGUGUAAAAUAUUGACAGUAAGCCGCGGAUUCCUGUUGGUGCAGUGCUUUUCUUUCACGUUCCUCAAAUGCAUCAAUUUUUUGUUUUUUUAAAUCCACCUCACUGGGGAUGCUGGGAGUUGAAUAGCGCCAUCUAGUGGCGACGGCAGGCUUGGCACCCUACAUGGAGGUGCAAGUCUUUCCCCUGUGUAUCCUCUCCCAUUGACACCCCCCCAGUUCCUGACUGUACAGCGCAAUAAAUCGUGGGCAUCAGAUUUUUUUUUUAAUUUUUGUUUCUCCUUUUUGAGAACCUGUAUUAUAUUUUAACAUAUGUGAAUACGACGAAAUAUAUAAAUAUAUAUAAAUUUCCUUUCUUUUCACCGACCAUGUACGCACAGAGAGCUGCGACCGACGCGCGCUGUUAUCCGCGAGGGGUAACCAUGUAAAUAGGAAAUUGCCUCCAGCGAAUUGUGGGGGGUUUUGUUUGUUUGUUUUUUUUUAAUUCUGUCUCGACUCCCGCUACGGUUUUUUGUUUUUUUCCCGGCAGUUUGUGCAUCGUUCAUGAAAUUUGAUUUUACUGCCUUUAUCAUUUUACAUAAGGAUUUUUACUGAAUUUUUUUAUGUAUAAAAGAAAAAAAGAGAAUAAAAUAAAUUUGCCUACAAGUUUA